AUGGAGCAAGACGAAAAUCGAGAUAUGCCACCCGUCGAACAAAGGAGUGCGAAUCCGAACGUCAAUAUUCAAUCAAUUCAACAAGAGGAAAGUGGCGGAGGCAGGAGAAAUCACGACAGCGCCAGAAAUCAAGAACAACUGCUAGACAUUGAAAAUCCAACUGAAAUGAGGUCAGCUGAGCAAGUGGAUGUCCAGCAAGAACCUGCACCACCACUGGAACGCCCAAUUCUCAAUGAAAUUAUCCGACCAGUGCCGAUUCGUCCAAACAACAACAGCUCAUAUCGCCAGUAUGUACCAACUCCACCGCCAUCACUGUCUCAUAUGAUGCGAUCGCCACCAAUCAAUGAUGAGCCAUUGCCACAUCCCAUUGCUCUGUCACACCAACAUGGUAAUAUUCAAUUUCAACGAGAAGAUCUCGAGCUCAAUGAUCAAUAUGCUAGAAACCGACUGUUAGACCAGCUGGUUCAAUUACUCUUGCGACCGCCAGAGGUUCAACACGUUAUCCACCAGCACGUAUUUCUUCAACCUCCACCACCACCGCCACCAGCAUUUUUUGAUCAUCACUACCCACACUUCCCACCAUAUGAGCUAAACCUUCAAGAUCUACAGGAAGUUGAAGUGGUCCCAGAAGAUCCAGUUUGA